CAAGAACUUCUGUGACCCUGCCACAAAGAAGGCAGAUCCUUCUUGAGUAUAACUGGUGCUUUUCUACCAAACAUCUUAAAGUACCUCUUUUUGAUAUGAUGGUCUUGAAACCUUGAAUCCAUGGGAAAAGGCCAACGACUCAAGGAAAAGUUGCUGGGGAAAAGAAAAAGAUUUAUUGGAAAGGCAGCAAAUCAAAGAAGGCAGAGGCUACAGCCAACAAAGACCAUCUUGCAUAGGAUUACAAGUGCGAGGCUUGUACUGGGAGUUGUGGGGACUGCAGCCCAGAGGAAAACCCAGACACUGCUGUUAUGGCCAGGAAACCCAUUCUUCACUACUUUGAUGGACGGGGCAGAAUGGAGUCCAUCCGGUGGCUCUUGGCUGGAGCUGGAGUAGAGUUUGAAGAGAAAUUUCUGAAAACACGAGAAGACUUGGAAAAUUUAAGAAAAGAUGGAAGUUUGAUGUUCCAGCAGGUGCCCAUGGUGGAGAUUGACGGCAUGAAGCUGGUGCAGACCAGAGCCAUUCUCAACUACAUUGCCACCAAAUACAACCUCUACGGGAAGGAUGUAAAGGAGAGAGCCCUAAUUGAUAUGUAUUCAGAAGGUGUGGCAGAUUUGAAUGAAAUAGUUCUUUAUUACCCAUACCUUCCACCUGGGGAUAAAGAUGGAAGCCUUACCCAGAUCAAAGAUAAAUCGAGAAACCGUUAUUUUCCUGCCUUUGAGAAGGUGCUAAAGAGCCAUGGACAAGACUACCUUGUUGGGAACAGGCUGAGCAAGGCCGACAUUCACCUCACUGAACUUCUCUACCGCACAGAAGAGCUUGACCCCAGCGUUCUGGCCAACUUCCCUCUGCUGAAGGCCCUGAAAACCAGAAUCAGCAACCUGCCCACAGUGAAGAAGUUUCUGCAGCCUGGCAGCCAGAGGAAGCCUUUAGAGGAUGAAAAAUGCUUGGAAUCAGUAAAGAAGAUUUUCAGUUAAAUAAGGUAGACCUGGAGAUAGAGCACAUACAAUAUUGUGCUUUAUCCAAAUGUUGAUUGUGAUUAAUAUGAGGCUAACAGAGUUUCCCAAAAUUUAGGCGUUAUUCAGUUAGAAAUGAGCUAUGCAAACUUCUUUGCAAUGCAGUCUAUUUAGUAUUGGUCAACUUUAUAAUCAUGAUCAUCUCCUGAGAUAUCUCUUUAAAUUAAACAGAUCAGAGAAAGUUUCUUAGUCUCUGAACUAUAAAAAAAAAUUGCCUUAUAACAUCUGUUAUAUACUAUCUCAAAGAAAAGUUGAAAUUUUCAUCUGAUGCUCAGGCUUGUGCAAAAAUAUUUUUCCUUUUAUAUAUUGCUACCUUUCUCACCAAAACACACAAAAACAAACCUAUAAAGAAUCAUUUUCUUUUGACUUUUCCCCUGUUCAGUUAUUCAACCUAUAUAUUUAUGUCUAGUAUGAAAUAUUCCAUGUUCUUGGAGCUGGAUAAUCAAUGAUGAAAAAAUCUGAUACAUUCUCUACACUCAUGACAAUGGUUUUAGUGAGAGAAACAAACAAAAAAUAGAUAAACCUAAUCUAAAAUCAUAUAUACCAAGUGUAUCACAUUCCUAAGGCUGCUACAAGAAAUUCCUACAAAACUGUGGUAUAUAUAUACAAUGGAAUAUUACUCAGCUAUAAAGAAUAAUAAAAUUAUGGUAUUUGCAGGCAAAUGGAUGAAAUUGGAGAACUUCAUGCUAAGUGAGAUAAGCCAAUCUCAAAAA